CGGUUCGGAUCGGGUUGGAUGUACGCAGGUGAACGUUGGAUAUUUGACAAUAUGGCCCUCGUAUUGCCUGCGUUUUGCACUUCAUCUUCCUCCCCCGUCUCCAGCUCUACUCGACGGAGCUCCGGCGAACUCGCCGCCGCAGGCCAGUCGACGGGAAUCCCUAAGGUACUACUACUAUAUUGCUUACUUCUACGUGCUUCCUCUAUUCGCCCUGUUCGUUGCUGCGCCGCCUUUCCAAUCUCUCGCACCGCCGCCGCGCGCGCUCCAGCGCUCGGCGAGAUAUCUGCGAUGUUCUCCACCGCACGUUUCUUCCUCCCCGUCCACCCCCGGCCCCACGCCACAGCCGCCGGCGGGCGCAAGCCGGCGCUCACCGCCGUCGCAGCCAGGCCACGGCGCGGCGGCUCCCGCCGCAACCACUCAUGGGCCGAUGGCGGCGGCAGCGACGAGGAAGACGGUGCCGACGACCGCAUCGACGCCAACUUCUUCGGCGACGCACAAGACGAUGAGCCGGAGCCCGAGGACGCGGCUGCGACAAGGCAACGGCCCUCCUCGCCUGCGCCGGAGCCCGCGGGGCAGCUGCGCGGGUCGGACGUGCUACGGGCGCUGCAGAGGGCGGCGGCGGCGAAGGAGGCCAAGAAGAGGAAGAAAGCCGGAGCGCGCCCGGCGGCGCGGCGGCAGGGCAGCGGCACGAAGCGAGGCGGCGAGCCGGCGACGGCGAGGGAGGCGAGGCCGAUAGAGAUCAGGCGCGAGUGGGCGACGAGGGUCCAUGAGCUGGAGCUCCGGGUGCAGCAGCUCGUCGACAAGUACCACCACCACCCACAGCAGAACACCAGCUCCUGAUUCAGUUCCACUGAAGCAACACAUCACAGCUUACGAUUGAGAUUUGAGAUAUCAAAAUGACAUGCAGAUUCAGAAUUCAAAUUCAGUAAAUUUUCUUAUUCAGUUUGGAGGAUUUGAACUGUUUACUAUAAAAAUCCUGUAAAAUCCCUACUAUGUUUCAAAGAGCCUCUGCGUUUGAGCAGCAAGGAGCCUGAAUUCGGUGUGUUUGUACCUUGAACCAUUGGAGAUUUGGAGUAGAGUGCUUAUUAGGAUUCAGACUUCAGAAUGUGAUAACACAUGCAAAAAGAAUUUCAGAGCAGGUUCAGUUAUUGCACAGUUUAAACUGCAGUCAUAGCAUUCUGAUUUUAUUUGUUUUUCUUCAGAUUCAGAGAGGAGAUGUUCUAUAGCGUGAUCGUGUUACUGCACCUCGGCUGUAAUGGUUACCAUGAGCUUUGCGGUUGUAGCAGCAAAAAGUUCGAGCUGAUCUCAGUACACACAAUGGCAUUUGCACAAAAUUUACAAGACUUCAUGAAAGUAACCAUGAUACUGCACAUCGAGUUCAUUUCAAUGCCAUUUGGCCAUUUUUUCUGGAUCUUCUUUAGUGAUUUCUCUGAAUGGGAUCGAAUGCCUUCUGACCCAGCAAAGUUUCUUUAUACAAUAUGUCUCAAUUUGUGUUGCAAGAAGUUCAGUAAAUCUUAGCAUGGUUUGUAGUUUUGUACAACUGGUUUAAAAUUUUUUUAGACUGGUCACCAGGAGGGGGAGUUUCCUCACCUGAAUAUAUUAUAAA